AUGUCAGCUCUGUCCAUGUAUCACUUUUGGAUCGAGGGCCACGAUAUGCGCAUCAUCGAAGCCGAUGGCGUCGACACAGAGGAGUUGCCAGUGGACGUCAUCACUAUCAGCGUCGCACAGCGAUACUCGAUUCUGAUCACAGCUCGACCGGACACCUCAAAGAACUGGCCGAUCCAUGCCAACCUCGAUCCAGACAUGUACGACGUUGUGCCAGACGACCUACAGCUCAGUGAGUCAGCGCGCGUUGCUUGCACACUUGCCAAUCUCGUGAUAAUCGCAAUGCUGACGCACGCUCGUGUGCGACACCAAUGCAGAUGUCACAGCGACAUUGUCGUAUGCAUCGGGACAGGAGAUGGGCUCUGAACGGCCCACCCUGGACGAGUACAAGUACUUCGACGAUACCGUCCUGGUUCCCUCCGCCGUCGAAGGCAUGUCCAAAGCGGAUGCAUCGCACGACCUGCACGUCAGCUUCAACACGUACAGCGACGGCAAGCCGUAUGCGAGCUUCAACAACAUCAGCUUCAUCAACCCCAACACUCCCUCCCUGUCCACAUUGACAUCGAUGGGUUCGUUGUCCGCAGAUGCGGCAGUCUACGGACCCAACACGGGGGCGACGAUCUUCAAUCAUAUGGACAUGGUGCAGGUGACCAUUUACAAUUGGGAUGCAGGUACACAUCCUUUUCAUCUUCACGGACACAACUUUCAAGUCGUCCACAAGGCGAUCGAUGUUACCAGCGAUGACCCCGCCCUCAACCCACCGUUCAAUGAGACUCAGGUAAACCCAAUGCGCCGCGAUACCAUCACUAUUCACAGCACCGGAAGUGCUACAAUUCGAUUCCGUGCGGACAACCCUGGGGCCUGGUUCUUGCACUGUGAGUUGGACGUAGCGGGUUUCCUCGGCCGAUCUGAAGCUACUAUGGCUGACACCAACGAACCUCGCGAUGCCUUUCGGUAGGCCACAUCGAGUGGCACAUGAAUCAAGGUCUGUCCACAUUACUUCUGGAAGCGCCUCUUCAGGCGCAACAGACGCUCUCCACCCCGGUGGUGUUCGGACAGCAAUGUCAAUCGCAAGGCAUCUCGCCCACCGGCAACGCGGCGGGUCUCAACUCCACUACGGACUUUGAAGGACUGCAAGCCGAACCUACUUACCUCGUCACCGGCUGGACUCCGAAAGCUGUGGGAGCGCUCACUGGUUGCAUCAUCACUGCGCUGUGUGGAAUUGCCGCCGUUAUUGCGUAUGGAUACACUGAGCAGGAGGGCUCGGAUGAGCAGCAAGAAGCGGAGGACAAGUAG